GAGUGCGAGGUAGCCAAGGAGAGCGCCUGAGCACGUUCUAACCACGGCUGUAUUUUUCUUUUUUUCCCCGCCUCCUCCUUUGCUUUUGGCCGCCUCGUCCGCAUCCCACCUGGCCUCCUUCCAGCUCUUCCCGGGGAUCUGAUGCUUACGGGGCAGCUGAGCAAGCCGCUGCUCUCGCUCAUGCGCGGCGGCAGCGACAUGAGCGCGCUGGAACUCGCCGGGCGGCCGGACGACAAAGCGGCCGGCAGCCCCGGCAGCGAGCUCAACGACGAGACGACCAUCCUGCCGGCCGACGGCCUCGAGCGGGAUGGCGCCCCCGCAAAACUGUACGGGGCCCGCGAAAGUUCACUCCAGUCAGACAUCAACAGCAGUCCCACGGAGCAGAGUCAAGUGGGCCAGUCGCACCCGGGGUACGCCGCCAUGGGGCCACAGUCGCUGUUGGUGGCCCAGCAGCUAGCCAACGCGGUGGGCGGCGCCAUGUCCGGGGCGGCGGCGGCGGCGAUGAACCAGCCCAUCCUCAUCCCCUUCAGCGCCGGCGGGCACCUGAGCGGCCAGCAGGGCCUGGUCCUUUCGCUGCCCGCCACCAACCUGCAGAGCCUGGUGGCGGCGGCUGCUGCCGGGGGCAUUAUGACGCUGCCCCUACACAACGUGCAAGCUACCUCAACCCUCAACUCGCAACUCCAACACCUGCAGCAGCUCCAGCAGAUGCACCAGCAGCAGCAGCAGCAACAACAACACCAUCACCACCAACAUACCCAGAACCAAGUGUCGUCUCAGCAUCAUCACAUGACCUCGCCGGUUCAGCAGCAGACAUCCGUGCCGUCGCCGGGUUCCGCCUGCUCCUCGGCAUCGGGGCAGCCGCCGCAAUCGCCGCCGUUGCACCGGCCCAACCAGUCGCCCGCCCGAAGCUUACCCUCGCCUGUCACCCCGCCCGUCCCUCUGCCGCCGCUGAACCCUCUGGCCAGCCAGGCGGCAGCAGCGGCGGCGGCGGCCGCCGCAGCCAUGGCGGCCGGCUCGCAGGUGUUUGGCAACACCCUGUCCAACCUGCAAGGAGGCGGCGGGCAGCUAGUGACCAACGCACAAGGACAGAUCAUCGGAACAAUCCCGCUGAUGGCGAACUCGGCAGGGCCGUCCAGCCAAUCGGGAGGCGGCAACGCGGGGCUGCAGGUGCCGCCCAUCACGCCGCAGCUCCUGACCAACGCGCAAGGGCAGAUCAUCGCCACGGUCAUCGGCAAUCAGAUCCUGCCCGUCAUCAACACGCAGGGAAUCACGCUGUCGCCCAUCAAGCAGGGUGCAAGCGGCCCUGCCUCCUCCUCCUCCUCGUCCUCGUCCUCAUCAUCCUCAUUAUCAUCCUCGUCGUCUUCGUCCUCGCAGCCCGGCCUGCUCCACAUGGCCCACCGGCACAGCCCGCUGCACCUGGCCUCUUCCUCCUCCUCCUCCACCACCUCCUCCUCAUCCUCGGCGCUUAGCGUGGGACAGCUAGUCAGCAACCCCGGGACGGCCCCGAGCGAGGUGGACGGCGUCAACCUGGAAGAGAUCCGCGAGUUUGCCAAAGCCUUCAAGAUCCGCCGCCUGUCGCUGGGCCUGACGCAGACGCAGGUGGGCCAGGCGCUCAGCGCGGCCGAGGGGCCCGCCUACAGUCAGUCGGCCAUCUGCAGACACACCAUCCUGAGAAGCCACUUUUUCCUACCGCAGGAAGCCCAAGAGAGCACGAUAGCUAGCAGUCUGACAGGCAAACUGAACCCUGGCCUUUUAUAUCCUGCCAGGUUUGAGAAGUUGGACAUCACCCCUAAAAGCGCCCAGAAGAUUAAGCCGGUUCUGGAGCGCUGGAUGGCCGAGGCUGAGGCCCGCCACCGCUCGGGCAUGCAGAACCUGAGCGACUUUAUCGGCAGCGAGCCCUCCAAAAAGCGCAAGCGGCGCACCUCGUUCACGCCGCAGGCGCUGGAGAUCCUCAACAGCCACUUUGAGAAGAACACGCACCCUUCGGGCCAGGAAAUGACCGAGAUCGCCGAGAAGCUCAACUACGACCGCGAGGUGGUGCGCGUCUGGUUCUGCAACAAGCGCCAGGCGCUCAAGAACACCAUCAAGCGCCUCAAGCAGCCCGAGGGCAGCGGCGGAGGGGCCGCCCUGCCGCCACCCACCCUGGACCUUGGGGACCCGCACCACGAUGCCCACAAAUGAGAAAUCCCCACUCCCGGACUCUUGAAAUAAACUCUUAUGUCGUCGUCGUGAUUUUCACUCAACCAAAAAAAAAAAAAAAAAAAAGAAGCCGGAGAUUGAAAUGUGAGAAAGAUACACAGCGGUGCCUCGACUUACGACCUUGCAGCUGGCGGCUCAGCGCCUUUUUUUUGCUUGCUGUCACCAGCAAAAAAUGGAGAUGGCAUAACUCAUUGACUGGCAGCCCUUUUCGGAGCAGCCAUCAUUUUGACCCAUCUUUAAAAAACAUCCGGUUCUAUUAUGACCUGUACGGUGGAUAUAGUUGCUUUUCUGGGGGGGGGGAGUGAAAUUUAUCGGCGGUAUCUUCCUGCAUAUAUUAGAAUUGUUUUAGUUCCGGAAUGAAUUUGACUCGUAAGUCAAGGUACCACUGUGCAAAAGUGUUGGCAGGUCAAACCAAUUGUGAGGGGUGGGGGCGGGGGGGAGAACAUACCAAAUGAAAACACUAUUUACCAAAGUAUGUGGCAUCGGAAAUUACUUUUCUAAUGUACAUUUUUACAUUUGUAGCCUCAGACGCAAAUAAGCCAAAAGCGACCAUUUUUUUUUUCUCCCUCAUUCCUUCUUUUCGUGUACAUACGAACGUCGUCGUCGCACUUCCCAGUCACGCGCUCAAUCCAUCGGGAUCACAAAGGUAAUGUUUCUUCUUGACUUUUGUACAACUUUUACAGCUAUUUAUAAAAACCACGCGCACGAUGAUGAAGCGGGAGUGAUGAUGAUGAUGAUGAUGGUGGUGGUGGUGCGUUGCCAAAGCCUGAUAGCCAAAGAACACCAGAGACUUUUUCAGCUCAAGGACUUUUUUCAAAGAAACUCCCCAAUCAGCUCACUUUGAACACUAAAACAAUAACAACCCUAAAAAUGACGAAUAAAAACGACCCCCUCCCCCCCGUCCCAAAAAAAAAAA